AUGCCCCAUAAGUUGAAAAACUGUAUCAGUUGCAGGAUCCUACCUCCCCAUUGUGAUAAGACACAAAGGUCUGUGGCUGUGGAUUGGGACGAGGCUGGAGAAUUAACAUGCAGCUCUUUCUGCCAAGACAAAUGUGUAAAUGAAAGAUUGGAAAUGCAGGAGACCGGCAGACCUCGCUCCUGGCGCAAAGCCCAAAGCCGCAGCGACGAGACUUCGACCGCGCUAACACGUGAUCUGGCCAGCCAGGCUGCACGUGAUCUAGCUAGCCCGUAUGGAGCGUUGAAUCAGACGGGAGAGAUCACCGAACGAAGAUACAUAACUAUCAACUAUUAUUACUACACACGCGAUAUUGGCCAUCACAUAUUUAUUGCAGAUGGGCCCCCAUCCACAACUAAAGAGUGCAGCCACUGUCUGGAAACCAUGGCAGAGCUGUCAAAAGAUGCUCCUUAUGAAAAUAGUAAGGGCCGCGAAAUUCUGUCCAAAUGCGGUGGUUCCUUUGUCUAUGCAUUCUUCCACGUUUAA